AUGGCCUUGGAACCGAAACCCCUCGUGGUACUCCUCGACAUCGAGGGUACUGUUUGUCCUAUCUCAUUCGUCAAGGAUGUGUUGUUCCCCUACGCCCUCUCCGCCCUCCCCUCCACCCUAGCACAAGAGUGGUCCUCCCCCUCCUUCACCCGCUACCGCGAUGCCUUCCCACCCGAGCACGCGGCGACCCCCGCCGCGCUCGAGGCACACGUCCGCGACCUCAUGAGCCGCGACGUCAAGAUCGCUUACCUCAAGUCACUACAGGGCUACCUCUGGGAGAACGGCUACGCGUCCGGUGCGCUCAAGGCGCCGCUGUUCCCGGACGUGGCGCCGCGCAUUCGGGAAUGGGCUGCUUCCAAGGGUGAUGAUGCUGGGUCAGAAGAGAAAGGAUCGGUCAUGAUCUACUCCUCGGGUUCCGUCCCGGCGCAGAAACUGCUCUUCAAGCAUACCAACACCGCCGACGAGCCGGACCUGACGGGGUACCUGGCCGACUACUUCGACACGGUCAAUGCCGGGCCGAAGCAGGAGGCUGCGAGCUACACGCGGAUUGCGGCUGCGCACCCGGAGGUGCCGGUCGCCCGCUGGCUGUUCCUCAGCGACAAUGUGCGUGAGGUUGAGGCUGCGUUGGAGGCGGGCAUGCAGUCGUACGUGGUGGUGCGGCCGGGCAAUGCGCCGCUGACGCCGGAGGAGGAGGCCCGGCAUCGGGUGGUGAGGAGUUUUGAGGAGAUCUUGUUUGCGGAGUGA